AUGCCUCUCAGGAGUUUUUCUGUUGGCAUAGUCAUCCGCUUAAAAAUCACCAUUGGUGGAAGCUUCUGUCCAGAUGAUGUGCAGCUCAAACUACCCAGAUGGGCUCUCAUAGCAAUUGCUAUAGCAGCAGGCGUAGUUCUGCUACUUUUCCUUAUCUGUAUCAUCAAGUGCUGCUGCUGCAAGAAGAAACACAAGAAGAAGGAGAAGCUCAACUUAAGAAACAUUAAUGGUGCCUCCACAACAGCCAGCUUGGUCCAACCUGAUUUGGAAGACAUUGAAUGUGGACUGGAAGAUGAGAAACGAGGACGGCUGCAAUAUUCCCUAGAAUAUGACUUCCGUGGCCAGGAGUUGAAAGUUGGAGUGAAGCAGGCAGCAGAUCUAAAGGCCAUGGACAGUGGAGGUACCUCUGAUCCCUACGUAAUUGUUUUCCUGACAUCUGACAUAAGGAAGAAGUAUGAAACAAAAGUUCAUCGUAAGACACUCAAUCCUGUUUACAACGAGAGCUUCAUUUUUCAGGUCUCCCAAGCAGAGGUGACUGAAGCUAUACUGGUCAUGCAAGUGUAUGAUUUCAACCGCUUUUCCAAGCAUGACAUAAUUGGUGAGGUGUGUCUGCCUCUUGUGGAUGUGGACUUACAGCAUGUAAUGGAACAAUGGCUUGAUCUCUCUCCAGCUGGCAAGAUAGAGCAAGAGCACCUUGGAGAAAUCUGCUUCUCACUGCGAUAUGUCCCCAGUACCAGCAAAUUAACGGUAGUUAUCUUGGAAGCCAAAAAGCUCAAGGUUAUGGAUGCAGAUGGAUUAUCAGACCCAUAUGUCAAAGUGCAACUUAUUCUGAACAAAAAGAAAUGGAAGAAAAAGAAGACAAGUGUGAAGAAAAAUACAUUAAGCCCCUACUUCAAUGAAGCGUUUGUUUUUGAAGUGCCUUUCAACCUGAUCCAGAAUGUAGAUCUGGUGAUCUCAGUCUGGGAUCGUGACAAAGUGACCAAGGAUGACCAGAUUGGAAAGCUGUUUCUCAGCUGCCGAGCUACAGGGAACCAGUUGCGCCACUGGUCAGAUAUGCUGGCUAAUCCUCGCAGGCCUAUAGCACAGUGGCACAGUCUGCAGCCUGUGGAAGUCAUUGACAAAACUCUGGGACUGAAGACACGCUUCAAGCUGCCACUACCCACCAGCUAACCCACCCACUUCAAACAGUUCUCUCUAUGCUCCUCCACUCUGGAAGGAAACCCACAGCUAUUAUUUACAAAGGAAGACCUGAUAGCACAAAUCACCACAUCAGGUUCAGUUGAACAUAUAGCUGUAAUUAUUCUAGACAAGGGGAGGCAAGGCAAGGCGUUAUGCCACUGUGUCCCACACUUAGGUAACCAGCAGUUAUCUCCAGGCAUCCUCCCAUCAGGAUCAUUCUUCUGAAGAGGAUUUGAACUACUGCACAGGUCUCUUUAUUGAUGUUCUCUGGGGCUGGAGAAGAUAAGGAAGCAAGAGAAUGACAAGUUGGCCAAAGUGGGAGAUGAAAAACCAGUGCACCAACCUGCGCACUUCCCUUUUAAUGUCUUUAACAUGGAGGCUGAAAAAACCCACUGCCUGUGUAAAUUGGGAUGGUUGGGUGGGAAAGAAUGGCAAAGCCUUUACUGCACUUUAGGAAGAAGGGUGGUAUGGAAAAUUGUCCAACCCAUAGUGUCAGAGCAAACCUAGCAAAAUAGCAGAACUGGAAGUGAAUCAACUCAUCAGCUGAUGAUUUCCCUAAGUCUAAAGGUAUUCUGGAGACACAGAGAUGUGGGGCCAAUCUUAGAUCCAAUCUUGUAAAUCCAACAAAAAUUGACAUGUUCAACAAUGGUAUGUACUGCACUAUCAUGGAUCAAAUCUAUUGCUUUACUUUGAUGAGAAAAAAAAAACAUGUAGCCCUUCAAAAUCAAGCUAUUAACAUAUCAGUAUAUGGACUUGUGUGGGUUAGGUUUUUUUCCUCUAGAUUUAAGGAGAAAACAAAACUUGAAAAUAACCGUGGUUAGAGUUGU